AUGCGGAGACAUGGGAGCUGCAAGGGCUGUUGUGUCUCCCUGCAGAAAAUGACCCCCCGGGAGCGGGUGGCCACCUCCAAGACACGUGGGGAGAAGUCCCGGCUGCCCACCAUCGCCACUGCCCGAGCCGACGUCGUCCCCGGGCGCCUGCCUGAGGCGGAAUGGCUUUCCCUGCUCGAGGCUGAACAGGGGGACAGGGAUGCUGGGGACAUCCUUGCAGAGCUCUUGGGCCGCGUGAUGGACGAGUGCACCAAAGCCGAUGUGGCUCGGCAGACUGUGGCCUUCACCGUGGGCCAGGCACGGGAUGCCCUCCUGCAGAUAGUCCAGUGGCGCUUCCUGGCGCGGGAUGAGGGGGAGACGGACCCCGAAGGAGAUGGCACCUGGCAGGAGGACGAGGAGCCCGAGCCCUGCGCCAUGGACUCCUGGGCGCAGGGCUCCGUUCCUGUCCUGUGCAUCCAUCUGUCCCCUGGUGAGGGAGAGGUCUCCAGCGUGCGGGCUCCAUGCCAGCAUGGAAGGCAGGACCCCCCCACUGCAGAUGAGGCCAGAGCUCCCCCCACGCAGACCCUGUGUCCCAGCCAGGUCACCAGCACCAGCACCGUCCUGCCCAUGCCAGGGCCGUCCUGCCCGGAGCUGCUGCUGGACAAGGCAGCCAUCGCUCCCCAUCUCCCUGACGGAAAACCUCCCUGCACCUGGCCAGCCCCGCUGUGCCCAGCCAGGCCACCAGCCCUCUGCCCGCCCCCAAGCCCGGCAGAGCCCCUGGGGCAGCCAGAGCAGGGACGGUGUCCACCACGGACCUCCCACGGGGACGUGGAGGGGAGUGGUGCAGCGGUGGUCAGCAGCCGCGUGCCACCGCUGACGCCUCCCUCCUGCACCACCCUGGUAUCAAUCCGGUCAGGGAGGCCCCUGCGCAGCAUGGGAGCGAAGCGAGAGGGGUCUGGCACCGUCCUGGGGGUCCCCAGGCGGGAUCCCAGCAGCCGGCCUGAGCGCUGGAUCAGGCCCCAGGUGGAGGUGCUGGACCCGGGCGCGGAGACCAAGCCGCCGGCACGUCCCCAGGGUGCCGGCAGGCGCAGCCGGGGACCGGAGCUGGGCAGCUGGCGGCUGCCCCGGGGGCUGGCCACCGCAGGGAGAGGACAGCUCCAGCCACCCCCCCUGGCAUCCCCACAGCUCCCCAGCCCCAUGCCCCGGCAGCUCAGCUCCUUGCUGGACUCCGCUCGGCUGGCCCCCGGUGUGACCGUCAGACGGGACGGCAGCGUGAAGCGUGGGCUCUGCAUCCCUGCGCACGGUGAGGAGAUGGAGGAGGCCAAGCGGGACCUGAGACCCAUCUGCCCCACUGUGCCCUUCCCGGCCAUUGCAGCCAGGCAGGUCACCGGCGAUGCCGGACUCCACGCACCGGCCGGACCCCGUGCCCCAGCCAUGGAGUUGCCGAGUGCCUGCAGCCACCCAUGCUGGUUCCUGCUCACGCUGCUCCUGGGGCUGCUCCUCUGGGCCAGGAGGAGACACGCCUGGGACCCCCGCAAGUGUCCCACCGAUCUGACUGGCAAGACAGUGAUUGUCACCGGAGCCAACAGCGGGAUCGGCAAGUGCGUGGCCCUGGACCUGGCCCGCAGGAAUGCCCGCACUAUCCUGGCAUGCCGGAGCCGGGAGCGGGGCCAGGCAGCAGUGGAGGAGAUCCGGGCGGCCACCGGCAACCCUGCGGUGCUGCUGCGGCUGCUGGACACUGGAUCCCUGGCCUCCGUGCAUGCCUUUGCCCAGGCUGUGCUGCGGGAGGAGAAGCGGCUGGAUGUGCUGGUGAACAACGCUGGCCUCACCGGGCUGCCCUUCACCAUUACGCCGGAGGGGCUGGAGCAGACCUUUGCCACCAACUACCUGGGACCGUUCCUGCUCACCAACCUGCUGCUGGACCUCCUGAAGGCGUCAGCGCCCGCCCGUGUCGUCAACGUCUCGUCCUUCCGGCACAGCGCAGGCACCGCCAACGGCCGCUACCUCACCGGGCAGGAGUGGCCUGGCGGCUUCGAUGCCGCCUACAACAGCACCAAGCUGAUGAACAUCCUCUUCACCACGGAGCUGGCGCGGCGCCUACAGGGCACAGGGGUGAUCGCCAACACCCUGAGCCCUGGCGUGGUGAGCACCAGCAUCAUGCGCCACUUCAGCUGGGCCAUCCGGGUGCUCUUCGCCCUCAUCCGCCCCUUCAUAAAGCAGUCAGCAGAGCAGGGGGCCAUCAGCACCAUUUACUGCGCCGUCUCGGAGGAGGUCUCGGGCAUCACGGGCAAGUACUUCGACAGCAACUGCAGGCUGGUGCUGCCCUCCAUGGCCGCCCGCAACACCGGCCUUGCUCGCAAGCUCUGGGAAGAGUCGGAGCAGCUGACAGGGCUCACUGAUGGCCCCCAGCACUGA